CGCGCGAGCGACGCAGUUUUGGAGUCUCACCAUCGUGGCCCGCGUAACCCGCGUUCCUGGCCGGAGCUGGGCCGUCGGUCUCGCUCGUCCACCCUCUUUCUGUCUCUAUGGACAUUCUAGCUCUAUCUCUCUCCGUCACUAUCAAGUCUCUCUUGCCCUGGACCCCUCUUUUUUGCCCACAUUCGCCCGCCGCCGCCGUCGUCUGGUUCGGCUUGAACCCCGCUAGCCUGGACUCAAAAUCGAUCUCUGUACUACCACAAGGCACUUGCGAUGCAGAUGCUACACUAGAGUCCCAUCAUCGCUGCCCUUGGCCCCUCACUCUCUCACACUCAAUGGACUGCUGCCCACAUCGUUGCCCACAUCUUCGACCCCCCUUGAGCAUUCGGGGACAAGGCCAGGUAGGUUUGUUCGGCGAAGUGCCUAUCCCACCAACUUGGGACGAGCAAAUGACAAUGUUCCGAGGGUUUUUGUGACCUGUCACUUUCUCAAAGUACCAUCAGCAGUAGGACAAAUUCCCGAUAUCGACAUCGAGGUACGCGCUAGGCCCGCUUAGACCGUAGCAUCAUCUGCUGAAUGUCUCUCCUCGGGCCUCUCGAGUGGCCCCAAUAUUGGUGAUCCUUGCAGAGUCAGUUUGCCCCUGGCAGAUGGGCUGAUUCUACAGAGGCCCUCCCCGGAGUCCAUCUCUCACUCUCGUCGCGCUCUCUCUCUCUCUGCGUGUGAGU